CAAGAUACAACAAACCUAAGAAGAAGAAGAAAACAUAUAAAAACAGAGAUUUUCAACAAAGAUUCCUCAGUUUUUCUUCUUCUCUGUUUGUCAUUGUUCACCAUGACUAUUGUUCUUCUUCCUCUGUUUCAUUUCUUGGUAGAAAAGUACUGAAAAAAUAUCAUAAUGGACUCAGUUCAGUUUCAACACUUAAAGAUGAAGAAACCGAGAGGAAUCUUGAACUUCCAAACAAUAAGAUCAUUCAAAAGUUUAUUCAGACUCAUCGAACUGAUUCUUCUUCUAAUCUUGAUCUCCAAACUCUCUUUCCCUUCAGUGAGACUCUCCACUGACAUUUUCAGGGAAGCAGCAGAGUUUCUCGUUAGCCAGAGAUUCGUUUUCUUCAUCGGGAACGCAAUUGUAAUUACUCUUUUUGCGAUAUCUAGACGAUACAACUCAGCUCACGAGCCUGUCUCAAAGACAACAGAAGCUGUAAGCAACGAUCUUUACCAAGAGUUUCUUCACGAGAGUGAGAAGAAGAGGUCCGAAGUUUAUGAGAACACGAAAAUAGAACAGCCUAAGAAGCCGAGUGGAGUGAAAAGGGUUAGUUUCGAGAGAAGCCAAACGCAGAAAGCGUUUGAGGUGGUUCACCCGCUCGAGAGUACAAGUGGUGGGAGAAUCAUGAAGAGGAAUGCGUCGGAGAAGCAUCUGAGGAUUUGUGAUUCGGACAAGAAAGUAGUGGUGAGAGCUAAGAAAGCAGAAGAUAGAAUGAGCAACGAACAGUUUAGGACAAAGAUUGAAGCCUUCAUCGCGAGGCAAAAGAGGAUUCAGAAGGAUGAAGAACACUUGAUAAUCUAGCUCCUCUUUGAUUCUGAAUGCUUUCUUUCUUUUGGUUAUAAACUUGGAUAUGCUCUGUUUCAAAACAUUUCAUAAUCUUGUAGCUUUGCCUUAGUAAACCUAUGUAUCUUAAGUCUUAACGCUUGUAAACCUUUAGCGUUAUUUAAGUAAAUAAUACAAAUGAUAUCGGA